ACCAACUCUUAAAAACAUACCGCCAAAGCAAUUUCAAACUCAGGAAAACAAAAACAAAAACAAAAUCAUACCGACAAACAUGCCUUCAACAACAGCAACAAAAUCCGUAGGUGGUCGAGGAAAAACCUCAAAAGCAUCAAAAUCAAUCUCAAGAUCUCAAAAAGCAGGUCUCCAAUUCCCAGUUGGUCGAAUUGCUUGGUUCUUGAAAAAGGGUCGUUAUGCUCAACGUGUUGGGUCAGGUUCACCUGUUUAUCUCUCAGCGGUUCUUGAAUACCUCGUUGCUGAGUUGUUGGAACUUGCUGGGAAUGCUGCGAGAGAUAACAAGAAGAAUAGGAUUAUUCCAAGGCAUAUACAACUUGCUGUGAGGAAUGAUGAUGAAUUGAGCAAGUUGUUGCGAUCUACUACUAUUGCUAAUGGUGGGGUUUUGCCUAAUAUUCAUCAGAAUUUGCUUCCUAAAAAGAUUAGCAAGGGGAAAGAUGGAAUUGGCUCUGUUUCACAGGAAUUUUAGAUUUCUAGGUGUUGAAUUAGGAGAAUUGGGUUGUGAAUUUUGAUUUUAGUGUUAAUUAGUUGGACUAGUUGGUAAGUGUUCUAUGUGAAUGACAAAGUUUGUUUCCUCAUUUUCUUCUGUGGAAGUAUGUAGAAUUUAAUGAAGACAGAUUAAUAGAUUUCUUAUAAUUGCUCGAAGAA